ACCACCACCAGCAUCCGUUCUUUUAUCACCAGCUGCAGCAGCAGCAGUACCAUUAUCAACAACAACAGCAGCUAAAGGGACUCGGCUGCUCAGUUCAAACAGCCCCGACCCCAACCACCACCACAACAGCAACAGCAACAACAGCAACAACAACAACAACAACAACCCCAAGCCCAGGAGCGCCAACAGGAACAGGUGAAGCGCCGGCGGCGGCGGCGGCCUCGAGCCCCGCAGGCCUGCCAGCAGCAACAGUAGGAGCGGCGGUGGCGGCGGCGGUGACGACUGCAGCUGCCGCCUGCCCCCCGAAUCGCAGCAGCAGCAGCAGCAUGGAGAUCGAGGCCAAACAGCGUAGCCAGCGCAACCGGCGCCGCGAGCGGGCCCAACGCAUGCACGCGCAACGCGAGGCCAAGCACCACCUGCAACAGCGACACAAUUUGCACCACCACCGGGAUCCCACGGCUGCUGUUGCUGGUGGUGGUGGUGGUGCUGUCACUGCCGUGGGGGGAGGCGUCGGGGCGGAGGAUAGCCACAGUGGCGACGACGACGAGAGACCGUCGGCCGAUGGCAAUCGCAAGCCCAGGCCGGCCGAUCGUGGCGCUCGCUCGAGGCCACCCCGGCUGAAAGCCAAGAGGAAGGCAGCCGCCGCGGCCGCUGCUGCUGCUGCUGCGGCAACGGCGGCCAGCAAGGAGGCGGCGAUCAAAGAGUCGAAGGAGCCGAUCUUCGAGGAGGACAUCAUCGACGGCUUCGCCAUACUUGCCUUUCGCACCUACGAGGAGCUCGAGAGCGCGAUAAAAUUAGCCGGCAAAAAUAACUUCAAGAAGCUGCACUCGCUACUGUCGCUGGCGGACGAGAAGCCAAAGGUGGACACCGGACAGAAUAACCGGCAUAACGAGCACCGCAUUAAGAACCACUUUAAGCACAACCAUUACGGCACGCAUAAUUCCAUACUGACACCCUCGACGCUCAACCAGGGCCUCGAUGCGGGCACGAGCGACGACAGCGGAAGAGCUUCCGAGCAGUUGCACGGCUCUGGCGUCCCGAGAGACAGCCAGGACGCCGACAGUUCCAGGGACCAUCUUAGCGAUGCUAGCAGUCAUUGCAGUUCGGGUAAAGGUUAUAUCUGUGAUAGUGAAGGAGAAGACGAUAAGAACUCGGAUGCGGAAUCGAUACUCUUUGAAUCUUCUACCCCACCACCUCUUGCACGUAAAUACGAGUUGCCAUCUUCUUCACCGCACGUGCUGCCUCCGGCGAACGGGGCGGGCGGAUCGCCACCAGAUACCGGCGGCCAGAUCUCGAACCCGGCGACUGAUGCCCCGGCGCCGAUUCCUCCGCCUGUGCCUGCCAGCGCGCCCGUGCCGACGGCGCCCAGUCCUCCAAGCCCCACGUUACCUCCGCACAUAUCCCAGCCAACCAUGACUAGUCCGCUAGCAGCAAACCCACGUGCAAUACCCCCACAGCAGCGGCCGGUCUCGCCGGCACUGCCGCCACCUUCGCUCUGCCAGCAGCAGCAACAACAACAACAGCAGCAGCAACAACAUCAGCAACAACAACAACAACAACAGCAACAACAACAACAACAACAACAACAACAGCAACAACAGUUGGUACAAGCGCAGCCACAACAGCAGCAGCAGCCACAGCUACAGCAGCAUCAGCAACAACAACAACAACAGCAGCAACAACAACAACAACAACAACAACAACAACAACAUCAGGCACCACAACAGCAACAGCCACAGCCUAUACAGCAGCAGCAGCCUGCCCUGCCGCAGCCUCAGCAGCCGGCUCACGCGGCCGCCUCGAUACCGGGUCUCCAUCCGCCCACGAAUGUGCCGCUUGUGCCGCCCUCGUCGCACACGACCUCCCCAGCUGUGGCCAGUCUCGGGGUCGCACCGGCCGCGCCCUCGAACGGUGCCGCGACGACGAGUUACCCACCGCCCCUGCCGAUGGCCGCCUAUCCCCAGACCCAGCCGUCCUAUCCGCCCCUUUACACGCCCUACACGGCUCUCAACCACAGUCCGUACCUGCCGCCCGCCGUGCCCUCGCCCUCGCACUCGGCCUCGUCGCGUACCGAUAUCCGAAGUAGCAGAGCAUCCCCUAGUACAAACUUGAGCAUUAAGUCGACGAUAAGCAACGUUGUGCCGAAUAAUUACAGCGUAAGCAACAACAUUAGUAGUAUGGCGCCGCUGAGCGUGGCCGUGACGACGUCGUGCGCCUCGACGGUGACGAACACGGUCACGACGGCCAGUCCGAUGACGCACAGGGACAUUGUGUCCAGCAGUCUGGCCGGCAGCCGGAACACCAACAAUUCGCCCAGAGGACACAGUCCGAACCGAGAGCGGGAGAGUUACAGCAGUAACGUGAGUACUCUCAGUAGAAGCAGCAUAACACCGGUCAGCGCGCCAAACACUUCCUCCCCGGCCAAUUCUAGUCUACCUGCGUACACAAAGGCUCAAGGAUGGAUUGGGCGAAAAUUGCUCACGCGAAAUUGCGCUUACAGCAACUCGGCGUCGCCGGCAACCUCAGUGCCACGACCGACGCCGCCACCGGUGCAACCGCCGCUAGGGCUACACACGUAUCCACCGCCAAUGUUCGCUGCGCCGCUGCCACCGCCGGUCUCGAGUGCGAGUCCGCACACUUCCCUGCCUUCGCUUCCACCGCCCACCAGCAAUCCGAAUCCCUUCUCUGCCGAGUCGUUGUUCCAGACUAGCAAAUCGAAAAUAGGGGUGAGCCACGUACAAGGCCAGACAGAUCUGUUGCGUCGCGAGUUGGACAAUCGGUUUCUUCAGUCGCACGAUCGGUCGGUGAACAGUUUAGGCCCGUCACCGUAUCUGACUCGGACCGAAACUCAUCAACACCACCAUCAGCACAUGCACGUUCACCAACACUCGUCGUCCCUCAUACCGCCACCGCCGGCGUCGUCGCUCUUUCCACCACCGAUUUUCAAGGACAUUCCAAAGCUGGGUGGAGUGGAUUCCUCAUUUUUUCGGGGGAAUCUCAAUCUCGGCAACUAUUCCGGUUUUAGUGCUGGCCUUCUUCAUCCUGGCCUUGGACCACCUACGACGUCUUUCGUAUCACCGGGUCACGUACCGUCAUACGUACCAGCGAAAACUGGUAAAUGGAACGCGAUGCACGUUCGGAUAGCUUGGGAAAUUUACCAUCACCAGCAAAAGCAGCAAGCGGAAGCGAAAGCUGGCGGUAGCACAAAAACAGAGCUGCUUCGACCGCCGGGUCACUUAUUCCAAUCAGGACCAGCUGGUGCUCUUGGUAUGGGGGCAGCGCAACUGGCACCUCCGUUUUCUACGGCGCUACCAACCCAUCCCCCCGGGCCUCCAGUAUCGCACACAGUCGGAUUCCUUACUGCACCGUCUUCGCACUUGGGUACGUCUGGAUUACAAUUCGCGAGGUAUCCACCGACGUUUACUGCAGCAGGCACUUUUCCGGGUCUUUCAGGCUUUCCACCUUCCGGAAUUUCAGGGAGAGACAUACCUCUCGCUGGAAUUGGCUCGGUUCAUGAUCCCUGGAGAGGAUUACAACGGGCGCCAGGCCCCUUUCCACCAACGACGGUUGGCUGGAGCUUGAAACCAGAGGCGCCGAGCAUUGACGCGAGGCGAGCAGCCGAGUUGGAGGAGAGAGAACGCGAACGUGAACGCGAGCGAGAACGCGAGCGCGAAAGGGAGCGAGAACGGGAGCGCGAAAGGGAGCGAGAACGUGAACGUAUCAAGAAAGAACGAGAACGCGAAAGAGAAGAGCAGCGCGAACGAGAGCGCAGGGAACGCGAGAAAGAAGAGAAACGAAAGCAGCAGGAGGCGGCCGAGAGAGAACGAGAGAGGCGAGAACGGGAGCGUAGGGAGAUGGAAAGGCGAGAACUCGAACGCGAAAGACUCCUGCAGCAGCACCAUCAGCAACAGCAACAGCUUCAGCAACAUCAAAGGCAGCAGCAGCAGCAGCACAUGGUCGUCAGAGAUCGAUCGCCUUUAAGAAAUGGGGCCAACCAGCUCGAUCCUUCGCAAAUGGUUAGAGUGAAAGAAGAACCGAGGUCUAAGGAUGAUGAUGUCGUGAUGCUAUCCAGGGGACCACCUCAGCCUGGACCUCAAGUCAACACUAUGCCAGAUCCCAGAGAAAAGUUCGAUUUGCGCAAUGAACGCGCUAUGGAUCUACAAAACAGUUUACAUGAGACUGAAAAAUGGAUAAGGUAUCACCACGCGCAUCCGCACGCUUACCUCACACAAGGCCGGCAUCCGCAUAGCGUCCCGGCACCACACACGAUGGCCCGAGGCAUGGCUGGUCUACCCCCGCUCCCGCAUCCAAUGCAGCAUUUCGCGCCUCCGCCUCCACCUCCGUCGGCAAGUGCAGGCCAGACGACUGCACCCGGAGCACCUCCGCCGGGUUGGCCAGCAGACGCGUUCAGGGACCCAUACCGAUACGAUCCUCUGCAACAGUUGCGCUACAACCCUCUAAUGGCUGCUGCCUACAGGGCCGAGGAGGAGGAGCGCGCCAAGAUGUACGCUGCAUCCUAUCCACCACCUUCCAUGGCUUCGGCCGUGGCAGCAGGUCUUAGGGCAAAGGAUCCGAGUCCAGGGCCUCUGAGCAACCUGCAUAUGCAUCACAGGGCCGGCCCGGGACCUGGCGCUCCACCUGGCUCCGUAGCAGCUAACCAGGGCCCGCCACCGCCUGCUCCGCCGCAAGUCAGGCCGAUCGAAACAAUGGUGCACAGUGCUGCGGAUCUGCACAAAAAAGAGGACGUCUCGCAGCCGCGAUGAUGCUGACCGAGAAGUAACGUGACGAAGCCCUAGCGGGCUGCGCUUUUUUGUACAUAGGUGGACUACUACUACUAAUUCUAUCGCUACUAAUAUUAUUACUACCACCACUAUAACUACUAAUACUACUGCUACUCUGACUUGUGUCGCCGAGAUUACAUUAUGUGUGCAUCAGGGAGAGCUAGCUGGCGCAAGUGUCGGAAUUACUAAUUAUUUCGUCCCUCGUGGAUCUAUCUAGAUUCACGUGGGUGAUUUUUUUUUUUUUGUUUCUCUUGUGUUUGAUGUUUUGAAUGUCCGUCGCGCUAAAACGAAAAAUUAACGUGGUACAAUAAUUUGUUCGUUCAAGCCCGAGACUGAGAGAAAUUAUUCACUUAAAGUGUUCCUUGUUUGUGUUGCUUUUGGCAAUCGCGCGAAAUAAGUCGCAUUUCGAUAACAAUUUUCUUUUACGUCAUACUGCGGCUCUGAAUUUAUUUAUCAAUGUCGACAGUGAUUUUUUGAAUAUUGAACUUUAAUUCGAUUGAAAAAAUAAUGUGAUGUGGUUCAUUGCAAGUGCUUUCUUUUUAAAUAUACUGAUUUAUAGUGCUUCAGAAAUAAGAAUACUCGGGAUACUAUUCUGGAUCGAAUUCAAGUUUCAAUUCAAAAAGGUGCUAAUUUUUUAGCUAAAUUUUUUUUUUAAUCUAGAAAACAGUGAUGUAUUUUUUUUUACAUCAAGAAUACGAUUAGCGAAUCUGUGAUGUAAAAAUGUAAUAUCUCGCUGUUGUGGUUUACUGCAUUUUUUAUGUACAACAUGAUGCAGUACGCAUAAAAAUUGUUUAAGAAUAUUUAAUUUGAGCAAGUGUUUUACAAUAUAGCUGAAAUUCCUUUACACUGCUUAAAAAAACAAUUUGCCAAAAGAAUAUACUAAUUAAAAGAGAACAUCAAGUAUUCUCGCAUUUACAAACGGUAUUGUAAUUUUUAGAAUCAAAUUAACUUAUUUCAAGGAAAAGAAUCUUGUAAAUGUAAAAAUUAGGAGCGAAACUAGAUGUCUAUUGUUCUUGAUUUAUACAUAUUUAUAUAUUUUAUUUCGAAACUUUCCAAUUCAAAUGCAAAAACCUCACCAGGUAAAGUAAAAGAUGGUAAAUCUUGACUGAAUUUUAUUGUUGUAUAGACGAUCCUUUUUCGUUACACUCAAUGAACUUGGCAAAAAGGUAUAAAUUAAUUACUAAUUGUAAGUAGAAAAUAGUAAUUGUACAUAUAUUAACUAGGUAAUUUUACAUGAACUUGUAAAAAUAUUUUUCGAUGUAAAAGUUCAUUUUAUAUAUUAUAAAGCGGAAUAUAGUUUGACACGUGGAGUUUAUCUUUAUUGAUACUCUAUGUGUUUGAGCUGCAAAGUGAUAUGUUAGCUUUAUUUGAGUUCUGUUUAUAUAAAAUUAUUGAACAAAAUAAAAAAAAUGAAGUAUCUGAUUGACUAAAA